CUUCAAGCAAAUGUUAAUGUUUAUUUUUUGAUAUUUUUCAGAGACGCAUGGAAUUACAUUUAGAAUUCAAAUCACUAUGAAAGAACUGCUGGACACAGAUUUACUUUUAAAGCUGUUAUUUCACUUACCGGUCAAUUAUCCAUCAAUUCUGCCAGAUAUUUCUGUUAACUCAGACCAGCUUACAAGGGCCCAGUGUAUGGAUGUGAAAGAUAAAUUACUUGAGCAAGCAAAGAAACACCUUUCUGAACCCAUGGUACAUGAGCUGGUUCUUUGGGUACAACAGCAUCUUAAAUACAUCGUUAGGCAAUCAACAGCAGUUUGCAGUGAAAAAAACCCUUUGUCAAGAGAAGCGAGCACAGAGGAUGGAAUUUGGAUGCUCUUCUUGCAUUUAGAUCACAUGAGAGCAAAGGCAAAAUAUGUCAAAACUGUGGAAAAAUGGGCUUCAGAUCUAAGGCUGACUGGAAGACUGAUGUUCAUGGGCAAGAUAAUAUUGAUUCUUCUCCAGGGUGACAGGAGCAACAUUAAGGAAUACUUGAUUCUUCAGAAAACUUCUAAGGUAGAUGUGGACUCGAGCAGAAAGAAAUACAAAGAGAAAAUGAUUAGUGUGCUGUGUGAAACAAAGAUACAGCCACAGCAUGCAAGGUUUCAGACAUUUGAAGUCAAAGACUAUUCAACUAUGGACGAGCUACAAAAGGAAUUUGAAGCUGCAGGACUUACAGCUCUUUUUGUUGAAUUUGUGCCUUCUCUCUUAAAAUGAAACUCUGGACUUUUUGAGCAAAGCAACAGUUCAGUGUGGAUGCUG